UUAUCUUAUCCAAUUUAUUGACAUUUUUAGGUGAAAACUACUUGCCAUACCAAUCCAUAUCAAAGAGAAGAAUUAAUUACUUCCAUUUAAGGAGAUUGAGGGUACGUAGACGAUAAUGAAGAACUCGGUUUCGGAUCAGAGUUUCUACAUCGAAAGCGAAGAUGAAGAAGAAGAAGUGGAGAAAUUCAACAGACAUGAAGAUGAUGGACAUGACAUUUAUACUUAUUUUUCUUCAGCUGAAAAUCUGCAACAAAGCAAACCCAGUUCUCUGGCCACUCAAUGGCCUCAAAGUUACAGGCAGUCUAUUGAUUUGUAUAGUAAUGUACCUUCUCCGACCAUCGGGUUCUUGGGUACUCCUACAGUGUCGAGACUGGGGAGCUCGUUUCUAUUGUCAUCGUUAACCCGGAGAUUUACACCAGAAAUACAACACACACCGGUGAGGAAACCAUUGCUACCGCCAUCGGUAGAUGAUGAAAUACAGCCGGAUAAACGUAGUACGCACUCUUUGGUGACUCCAGCGCCGCCAUCAAGGAAAACAUCCGUGAGAUUCGAUGACAAAGUGUACGAGGUCGACCAUGCGCAUGGAAUUCCCCUUGGUCGCCAGAGUACCUAUGGUCAAGCAGUGAUGAAUGGGAUCAAUGUGCUAUGUGGAGUUGGAAUCCUUUCCACCCCAUAUGCAGCCAAAGAAGGAGGAUGGUUAGGGCUUAUAAUAUUAUUAACAUUUGCAUUGCUUUCUUAUUACACUGGCCUGCUUCUGCGCCAAUGUCUGGAUAGCUCACCCGAGCUCGAAACUUACCCGGAUAUCGGUCAAGCUGCAUUUGGUGCUGCCGGUAGAAUCACCCUUUCCAUAAUUUUGUAUGUGGAGCUAUAUGCUUCUUGUGUUGACUAUAUAAUUCUAGAGGGUGAUAACUUAUCAUCCUUAUUCCCGAAUGCGCAUCUUAGUUGGGGCGGAUUCGAGUUGAGCUCGCAUCGUUUCUUCUGUUUGAUAACGACCCUCGCUGUUCUUCCCACUGUUUGGCUUAGAGACCUCAGUGUCCUUAGUUACAUCUCAGCUGGUGGAGUUGUUGCAUCAUUGUUGGUGGUACUUUGCUUGUUUUGGGUUGGCUUGGUAGAUCAAGUUGGGUUUCACAACAAAGGGACACCAUUGAAUUUUGCUACUCUUCCGGUCGCUGUCGGGCUCUACGGUUUCUGCUAUUCGGGACAUGCCGUUUUCCCUAAUAUAUACACUUCGAUGGCAGAACAGGCUCAAUUCUCUUCAGUACUCUUAUCAUGUUUCGGAAUCUGUACUCUGUUGUAUGCUGGAACUGCAAUUGUGGGGUACAAAAUGUUCGGGGAAGCAGCGGAAUCACAGUUUACACUUAACAUGCCUAAAGAUCUGAUCGCGUCAAAGAUUGCUGUUUGGGCGACGAUUGUCAACCCAUUUACCAAAUAUGCAUUAACCUUGUCUCCAGUGGCAAUGAGUCUCGAGGAAUUGUUACCAUCACGGUUUCGUAAGUCUCACUUCUACCCUAUUGUGAUCCGAACACUACUGGUGAUAUCGACCUUGCUCGUCGGUCUCAGUGUUCCCUUCUUCGGCUUGGUAUUGUCACUAAUAGGGUCGUUACUCACAAUGCUUGUCGCCUUGAUACUUCCUCCUGCUUGUUAUCUAAGCAUACUGAGGGGUAAAGUAAGCCGCAUUCAGGCUGCAGUUUGUAUUAUAAUUAUUGCAGUGGGAGUUGUUUCAUCAGUCAUUGGAACAUACUCGGCGCUCACCAAGAUUAUUGAGAAUUUAAGAAAUGUAGUUUAAAUUUCUACAUUUUUGAACUGGUUUUUAUAUAUGAAACUUCCUACAAAAACCUUUACAAUUAUUUUUACAUGAACAUAUGAAUGUCG